UGGAGUGCAGGGUAUCUCAUAGUUCAAAUGCUUUAAGGACCGUUGGUUACAUAAAUAAUAUUUAUGUUAAGUACAGGGUAUCUCAUAAAUCAAAUCGCAGCUGAAAUGCAAAACAGUCAAACACAGGGUGUCUCAUAGUCAAAUAACGAAAUAAAGAGAGACUUCUAUAUGACAGAAUACAGGGUAUAUCGCAAGCAGUUUGACUUAAUAACUAAGAGGUAAAAGGCUAUCUGAGAUACCCUAUUCUGUAUACAUAAUAUUUUUAUAUUAGCCCUUGAAUAUAAUUAAAUAUUGUGUAGGGUAUCUCAUCGGUCCAGUUGAAACACGACAACGUCGAAUGGCAUCAUUUGUCAUUCGGCUUUUGUUUGUUUAUACACAGACAGUUAAGUUCUAUUAUGUCAUUAUCUCCAACAGUUUUCGGAUCUGUGUGUGUGUGUGUGUGUGAGGGGGAUAUUUUAUGAGGCUAAUUUGCAUUGUGAAUAUUGAAUUGAGAAUCGAACAUAAAUAGGAGUCGAUAAAAGAUUCUUUUAUAUCUGGAUUGUAACAUUUAUAAUUAUUAUAUCAUAGAAAGCGUCGAUGCCGAAACUGGAACUGGAUUGUUAAUUGCCAAGAGGCAAACCUGUUGAGAGAAAUGUGUUUCGUGUAGUCUUUGUAUGCAAAAUCGCCGAAGCGCCAUGGGGACGAAGGGCAGGCGGCGGAGGCGGGGGGCGGGUGGUGUGAUGUGGAGGGGGAGGCGGAGUGGGAAGGAGAAGGAAGAGUAGGGUCAACAGAUGUGACAGUUUAACAAAUUUGCCCGGCUGCCUAAUUAAUUUUUAUAGUUCAAAUUCGGAUUUGGAGUCACAACGGAACUUCGCAUCGCCCAGAUGGCCAUUAUGAUGCAAAGUAGACGAAAGUGAAAUGGAAUCGACACGAAAUACGACAUUUAUGUAAGUUUUGCUAGAUCACAAUGUAAACGGCGAACUCUGGCUUCCACUUAUAAGUGGCCCACUUCAUGGCCAAUGCCGCACACAGUUCACACCGCCCGCUCGAGCUUGAAGAGCGCUACGAGAGCCGACAACUCGCAGAGAUCGAAUCGCUAGAAGGAUGCCUACAAUGCCAUGGACCAAAUGGCCACUGCUGCUGGUGCUGGGGCUGCUGCUGGUCCUGCACCUGGCCAAUGCCGAUGUUAGCCAUCUGUCCAAAAACUAUUUGCCACCGGAUCCCAAGCCGUCGGCCGCGCAGCCCCUGGCGGACGAGCCAGCCCCUGCGGAGCCUGGCAAGGCCAACGAUGGCAGCUACUAUCCCGGCGGGGGUCUGACGCUGCCCUCGGGCUACUCAGUACCCACCGGCAGCAAUGUCCCACAGCCGCACAGCGCACCGCCCAAUUUCGCGCUGCCCAUUUAUCCGCCGUACUUUGGAUUCAACGGCGGUGGCGCGGCUGCCUUCGGCAAUGGGUUUGCCAAUGGAGCACAAGGACCGCAAUUCCAACAGCCUGGUCAGUUUCAAGUUGGUCCUCAGCCUGGUCAGUUUCCACUUGGUCCUCAGCCUGGCCAGUUUCCACUUGGUCCUCAGCCUGGCCAGUUUCCACAGGGCGCUCAGUUUGUAGGAGGGCAACAAGGUCCUCAGUUUACGCCUGGACAACAGGGCGGAGGUUUUCCAAUUGGCCCACAGGGCGGAGGUUUUCCAAUUGGCCCACAGGGCGGAGGCUUUCCAGUUGGCCCACAGGGUGGAGGCUUUCCAGUUGGCCCACAAGGCGGCGCCUUUCCAGUUGGCCCACAAGGCGGCGCCUUUCAAGUCGGCCCAACGGCCUUUGCACCCGAUUACCUGACCAUGCAAGGACUACCUGCAGCCGCCAUAGAGCUGCCCUUCCAGCAGAACGUCGGCUUUGGCCCACAGACUGGCUUUGGCGGUCCACAGUCCGCACAUCACUUCCAGCACCUGGUCAACGUGGGUCAGCCCUUCGUGCCCAGCUUCGGCAUACCCGGCCAAAACUAUCAGCCGCAUCCACAGCCUUUCGCCGACGAGCCGCAGCCAGAGGGCAAGGCGAAGCCAAAGAGCACAGGCGCCAAGGCACUGGCCAAGUCCCAAAACAAGGAGACCAUCUACGCCUCCAACGGUGGCUACGUCUACAAGCGCGCGAAAUGAGCAACGAUGACAUUUAGUGCCAAUAAAUUAUUAUUUAAUCAAUUUGUGUUUUUUUUCUCUGUCUCUCUCUCUCUCUCUCUC